AUGACUAAUCACAUUACAUAUGAAGUUAAAAUCUUAAUUGAAGAUGACUUAAUAUCGGGUUUAAGUCAAAGAGAGAUGGCUCUUAAAAGAAAGGUUAGUAAAACCUUAGUAUGCAAUAUUAAUAAGAAGUUAAAAAAUGGAACACCAUUGGGAAGGAAAUUUGGUUCAAGACGACCUGAAAUAUUGUCUGAUGAAUUAAAACGUCAGUUAUUCUUGAUUUAUGAUAAAAAUCAUAAAGAAUCUUGCCUAAAGAUUACACAGAAAUUUGUCGAAAAGUUUAAUGUACAAAUUUCAAGACAAACUGUGUCAAGAAUUUUAUCUGAUUUUGGUUUAGUUACUACCAAACCAGCGAAAAAACCACUCUUAAGACCUAUUAAUAUAGAAAAAAGACUUAAUUUAUCAGAAAAAUUUUUAGGGAUUUCACAUGAGAUCUUAAAAACAAUAAUUUUCACUGAUGAAUGUAAGUUUAAUCUUUUUAAUAGCGAUGGUAUUAAGUAUGUGCGUUAUUUUCCUGGACAGAGGUACAAACCUGAAAAUACAAUUCCUACAAUCAAACAUGGAGGUGGAUCAAUAAUGGUUUGGGGAUGUAUCUCAUGUGCCGGGGUUGGAAGAAUUGUUUUUAUUGAAGAAACAAUGACAGCUGCAGUGUAUAAGCAACUUUUAGCUAAUAACUUGAGACAAUCUGCUUGUGAAAUGGGUCUUGAGGAAUUUAUCUUAAUGCAAGAUAAUGAUCCUAAGCAUACCUCAAGACUUGUUUCCAACUGGUUAGAUGAAAAAAAAUUCAAGUUUUAG